AUGGCCGGAUAUAAAAGAAAUCAAGAUUCAUUUCAAGCAUCCAACUCAAAUGAUAAUGAAAAUAACUCAAUAGCUACUAGCAGUAGUGAAGCUCAACCAACAAAACUCCAACACUCAGAAAAUAAUGAUAAGGAAAGCAUUUGUUGGAAAUAUUUUGAACCAUUCAAGGUCCCAAAAGAGAAUAGAACAAUAACAAAAUGUACGAUUCCUGGAUGCACAACAAGAUACAUGUGGUGCGGCUCUACUUCUAAUCUUGUUGGCCAUCUUAAGACUAAGCAUGGUAUAACCAAAUCCUCAACACCUUUACCAUCUACAACGUCAACCAUUAACUCUAUUAAUUCUGAACCAGAAAUUAAUUUACCAUUAAUUAAAUUUAUUGUUUCCUCCGGAGCGCAUUUUAGUGUCGUUGAUAAUUUAAAAUCUGCUGGAUUUAUUAGUCCGGAAAUUGAACUAUCUACUGCUAAUAUUUUAGAUGAGCAAAUAGAUAAAGUAUAUAAUCGUUUAUUCCUUCAGUUAAAGUUAAAAGUUCAGCAAGAGAAAUCAACCGUGCUCUCGAUUCAUACAACAACAUAUACUAUGUUUAAUAAGCAAUAUAUAGUAAUCACUUGUAAUUGGCUAACUAAAGAUUUUGAACUUCAUAAAAUCUUAUUGCUCGCAAAAGAAAGUCCUGAAUAUAAUGAUAAUUCUUUUAGGGAUAUUAUUGAAGCUUUAGAAAAGUGGGAAUUGACUAAUUUAAAAUUUUAUAGUUGUUAUGAUGACUAUUGUUUAAAAUCUUUAUAUGAAUUACAAGAAGAAAACUAUCAAAAUCUUGUACAAUUACAUAAGAAUACAAACAAUUAUUCAAUUAAUUUAAAAUAUUUAAUAAAAAAAAGUUUAGGGAAAUGGGCCAGAGAAAACGUUAAUAUUCAAGGAAUGUCAGAAUGCUAUUGA